UGAUAUUUAAAAACUUUGCCGAAAAUGGCGUCGAAUUGCGGUGAAAUUUUAGCGAUUUUGAUACUAGUAGUAACUGUAGUCGGAAGUUACGGACAACAUAGCAAUCUGCAGCACUUUGUCAAGAUUGAUGUUUCCAAAGUGAACCAGAAGGUGGCCAACGAAACAGGAACCACUACAGUUCCCGACAACACUUCAACAACUGUCGAAACUACUACAAUCAGUAGCACAACGCCCGGAAGUACCAGUACUACCACCGGAAGUAAAUCGGAAACGAGCACGAGUAGUACAACAGUUGCUUCAACAACGUCUCCAAAAACUACCCAGAAUCCAACUAAAGCAGAAGAACCUUACGAACCACCGAAGGAAGGUCGUCUCGUUAAGACCAUUCCCACCGGGUACUAUUGCAGCUGCGAUCUGAAGAUCAACAUUUGCGACGUAAACUGCUGCUGCGACAUCGACUGCAGCGACCAGAUCCUGCGCACGUUCAGCUGCUCCGAAGAGCGGCUGGACGUUGCCGAGUAUCACCACCGCGAGGGACUCCAAUCGUGCGAGGUUCAGGGUGGCUUGUUUUGCCUGGUCGGUGAGCAUCGGCCACCGGAAGAGGGGGAGGACGGCGGCGGUGGUGUGUUUUACGAUCCAAGUCUAAAGGAAUCUUCGACCAAGUACAAGUGGAGUGAGAUAUUUCCGGUCGGGGAUGUUCCAAAGCGAGGACCGGUUUCAACCUACCGUGUCAACGAUCGGAUCAAACUGUACAACGAAACCAGUGAAAAGAUUGAAACUUUGACUCUUCCGUUCUCGCUAACCAACUCCGAGUGUCAGCUGGCUCAACCGGUGCGCUACCUUCGCGAUCAGUCUACCGACUGUCUCCGAUCGCUGGAAGAUCUGGAGCUGUUCAACCUUGCCUUGCUGGAGCAGCAGGCAUCCGUCCGAUAUCUGCGAUCGCCCAAGGCGGAAAUCAUGGAACACUGCCUGGACGAAGACUGCUUCAAUAGCUCGGUCCGGUUCUGCGAUCUCUCUGGACAAAACUGUCAAAAGACGAACCAGAGUAGCGUCAACGAUGCGGAAGGGUCGUACAGCUGGUACUGUCCGGAGGUCAAGAUUCGCUUCGUUCACAAUUACACUCACUUGACAGCGAUGGAAACUAGACUGCUGUGCGGAUCGAUAGACUUGGAACAGGACACCAUUUGGCAACGGAUUUCGGUCGAGUUCAAGCGGAAAGACGAGGAGAAGUUCUCCCGGAAGGUCAGCGGGAAUCUGGGAUACCUCGUGGGCAAACCCGUGCUCGUAACACGUCUUCUAAUCCCAGAAAAUGACACCAUCGAAGAAAAACGUUCCAAAAAGUACAUGCUCAGCUACUUCACAAACGGAACGCGCGAUCCGGACGAAACCUUCCGUCUAAAACUGCCCAAAAGUCGACGCAACCAAUGCGUACUGAACGACCAGUUCCACCACCAAGUCCUGUUUGGAGAAAGCAUCUGGACCAAGUGCAACUACUCACCCCAGCUGAACGUCAGCAUCGAAUCCAACCUAACCCUAUUCUGUCAACAACUUCAAACCAACAUCAACGACCUGCUUCUACACAACCUAACUCCAACCUCCAGCGACUACAACUCCCUCAACCUGUACCUCUCCAAGUACGGCAACCCGGUCAACCGAAGUUCCGACUGGAUCCAGCUCAACUCCCAAAACUACAUCAACGAACCGGUGACGGCCUCGUCCAACGGCGGAGGAUCAUCGCCCAACUCCCAGCUGUUCAGCUGUAACAACAUGCUGCUGAACGUCAAGUAUCAGUUCUACCACGGCAAAGCGACCGUUCGGCAUGUGCCCCGCCAGAGCGUGCUCCAGGAGGCGGAGCUGGUCUUUGGGCCGCGCGUGAAUCUGCAGUUCACGAUGGACGAGGAGAUUCGGGUGCCGAUCUACGUGCAGGUGCAGUUCUUCGACUUGACGGCGGCUAGUGGGGGAAAUUGGCUUCGAGGAAGCAGUUUGCACUUGAUUGUGUUUGUGUUUAAUUUGAUGGUACUAUUAAUAAAGUAAACAUUGAGCGGAAUAAAUAAA